AUGAGAUUUGGUAAGAAGGGUAAAGUAAGUGCUAAGUAUGUUGGCCCAUAUGAGAUUUUGCAAAGAAAAGGGAAGGUAGCUUAUAAGUUGGCUUUGCCAAUGCAAGUUAAGAAAAUGCAUGAUGUGUUUCAUAUUCACCAACUCAAGAGAUAUAUCCCUGAUAAGAAUCAUGUUUUGGAGCCUGAAAGAAUUAAAAUUGAUAGUAGCCUCACGUUUGAGGAAAGGCAUGUGAAAUUCUUGGAUAAAAAAGUGCGUAGUACACGUAAUAAGGAUGUGAACAUUGUGAAAGUGAUUUGGUCUAACCAUGAGCCCGAAGAGGCAAUGUGGGAAGCCGAAGAUGAAAUGAAAAAAACGUAUCCUGGAUUAUUCAUUGAGGCACUAUGGGUUCCACUGUCUCAUGGUAGACCUGUAGCAAAGAAAAUUGUUAUGUACAGAAGCCAUCACCAAGUAUGA